AUGGGCUGGACUUACAACACCCCCGAUGGCGUGCCCAACAAUGGCCCACACAUUACCGUCAUCUGCAUUGUCUUUACAGUUGCUUCGUUUAUAAUGCUGUCUCUCCGCAUGUACGUGCGUGCGUGGAUGAUCAAGACUGUUGGUGCUGACGAUGUGAUUCUGGUUUUGACAUGGAUAGCAGCCUGUGGCUUUGCUGUUGUGAGCAUCCUCCAGACAAAAUGGGGCCUUGGGCUCAAGCAUGUGCCCGACAUGCCUGCAGAAAACGUCUUUAAUUUUGGUCUGCUACAAUUUAUCGGCGCCCCUUUCUACAUCACGAGUAUCAUGGGCUUCAAGCUCAGCCUCAUGUUGACGUACCUCCGCUUCAUGCCUCAUGGCGUAGCACGCACCUCCAACAUCAUCGUCAUCGUUGCUUGUAUCCUUUUCCACCUUACCUUUCUCUGUAUCCAGAUCAAUCUGUGCCAACCGAUCGCCGUGCAGUGGGACCGGAAAAUCGUUGGUGGAAAGUGUUUGCCCGCUGUGCCCGUGUACACGACCACAUCGUCGAUAACCAUGGUCCUGGACGUCACAGUCAUGUUCCUCCCUUUUCCAGUCCUGCUCAAGAGCCACAUCCAAAAGCGAAAGAAGGCCGUCCUUCUCUGUCUCCUUGCCCUCGGCACCUUCAUCACCAUCAUCCAAGUGAUCCGCAUCCAGACAAUCAGCAGCCUGACCAACUACCUCGACUCGAGCAAAGUCAUCAUGUGGUCGGCCGUCGAAAACAACCUGGGCAUCAUCGUGGCCUCGAUCCCCACGCUCGCGCCUCUAUUUACGUAUUUCGUCGACAAGACGACGCAGAAGAGCUCGUCGGCCAACUCGAGGGGCGCGUCCAAAGGCAUCUACGCUUUCAAGUCGAAGCGCAGCACCAAACACGAAUCCAUUCGCCUCGCCAGCGGCAUCGAUAGUACCACGCACAAUAACGGAUCUAUCGAACACGGGAGCGAGGAGUCCAUUUUGCAGCUGGGCAUUAUCACGCGCAAAACUGAGCUCCUCGUGUCGUCACAGGAGCGCAACAAUCGACAGACUAUGUAG